GCACCUGAAUUACACCUGCCUCUAUCGCAGAGGGAUAUUUAUUAAGAGCAUUUGCUCAAUGUUAUAAAUGAAUUACAGAAACUGUUGUGUAUUUACUUGUACAGGCAGCAUGUACUUGGUAUUACAAGGAUAAAUCUUAAAUUUAUAUUAUUUAAAUGUAUGAAACAAGGCAUAGGUGUGUGUUUUUAUGUUUAAGGCUACAACUUCAAUGUUCAGUGUUAACAUUCUUUAGUGUUUUGUCUUAUCUGCAAGUUCAGAUGUGUUUUGUUACUUUUGGAUUGAUUUUCUUCAAAUCUGUAGCAAUUUACACAUCUUAUGUUUUUGUGUAAACUGUUGCUUAUAAAAAAUAACGACCAUCUACACUAAUGCCAAUUUUAUUCUGCAUGACUGGUAUUGAUUUAAACAGGGGUGUUUCAUACUGUUCUGUUAAAUCAUAAUCCACAAAGUUGGACAAAGCAAUCUUUUGUUAAAACAGGUCGGAUUUAAAACUGUUGCACAGCACUGUCUGUAAAUCACUGAAUUUCCUUUGACAUUAUGCAAAAGGGUUAGCCAAGAUGGUGGUCCAAUCAGUAUGGUUGUAAAUUUUUUGUGGCUUUGAAGUUGAUAGUUUAUAGUUGAACACACAUGAUGCUGCUAGCUGUGUCUGGAUGUUAAUAGCAUAUUGUUUUUGCAGCUGAAUGUGCUCUGUUACAGUUGUAUUUGGUCCGUCUUCUCAACUGUGCAGUCAGAGGGAACCUAUUACUUUCACCUUUUUUAUUCUGGAGCAACAUAUAUUUUUUUAUUUUGAAAUAAAAAGAAUGCUUUUAAGAUAGAGGACACCAGCAUAUAAACUGGUUCUGGGUAAUCGCUGCGAUCUCAUGCCCACCUGCUACUCUUUCAUAUACAAGAAAUCCCUAAAAUAUUUUGUAUGCAUAUACUUACGCAUCACAUAUCAGUGAUUCAUUUAAUUUGACUCUAAUAUUCAAGAUUUUAAAUUUUGGACUAUUUUCAUUGAUUCUCUUUCUGACCCAUAUUUGGGCCAGUUAAGUAUUGUGAAAUAUGUCACAUUAUGAUCCCUGAUCAAACCAAAAUAAAAUCGAAGGGGAAGAAAUUAGCCUAUUUAGUGAGGCCACAUAAUAACAAACUCUGGGUAAAGAACGAUUACUUUAAAUCAUCUGUGGUCAAAGCAGCUAGAAAACAAGGAAGAUAAUUAAAGAAAAACAGAUUGUUACAAAAAAACACCAGAAAUGUAAACAUAUAUAUGGGGCGAGAAUGAUGCAGAAAUGUGAAAUUACUGCUGUGAGGUGUUUAGUUAAAGGGAGGUCAUGUCUGUGUGACUUGGGAGUGUAGAUAAACACAUGAAUACGUCACUGAGUCAAAGCGCGGGAAGUCUAGUCUGUUUGCAAAGGGCGAUGUUUUAAGAGGAAGCAGGUCAGCAGCCGGGGCAGAUAGGAAGACGUAAAACUAUCAGCCACGUGUUACUACACGCACAAAGAAAAGAGAGAAACACGGUGCUGAAAUCUGCUUCUUGGUUUCUUCAUCCAUUUGAGACAGAACAUGGAACAGCGACAGAUACUGCUUUUUAAUCCUCUUUCAGUUUCACACGAGACCUGCUUGCUGGAACAGGUGUUGGAGCUUAUUAUGAAUGAGAAGCCACCCAACAGUGCAAGCCGUUUUCUAAACAAGGACACAGAAAAACCAACGUUGCCGGACAAAGUUGAGCUCAGGAGGCGUUUUCGCAGAGCCAUGGAGAAGAGAGCAGGCAGCAUGAGGCAGAGGAUCGGCUCCAUCAGCAGGAAAAGCCUCAAAGGUUUUUUCAGGAGGAACCUGUUCGUUUUGUUCACAGUGGCCUCUGUGGCUCUGGGUGUAAUCCUAGGCUUUGCUCUACGACCCCAUAACCUGUCCAUGAGGGAGAUAAAAUACUUUUCCUUUCCUGGGGAGCUCCUGAUGAGGAUGCUGAAGAUGCUAGUGCUGCCGCUGAUUGUCUCCAGUCUGGUCACAGGUAUCUCCUCAUUGGACAGGAGAGCAUCGGGAAAGAUGGGUGUGCGUGCGGUGGUCUACUACAUGGUGACCACACUGAUCGCAGUGUUCAUCGGCAUUGUGAUUGUCAUGAUCAUCCGGCCGGGAAAAGGCAGCAGAGACAGUCCUGCGGUGAAAACUGGAAAUAUUGAAGCCAUUCAGGCCACUGAUGCUUUUCUGGACCUCAUCAGGAACAUGUUUCCCCCUAAUCUGGUAGAAGCAUGCUUCAUUCAGCAUAAAACUGUGUACAAGAAGAUUGUUUAUACAAGAAACGUGACUCUGAACCUCACCGACUUGUUUAACAUAACAGACUCUCCUCUGAAUGAAAACCUCACUAGGGUGCAACACACCAUACAGGAGACAGUGGAGGAAACGGUUCCUGUGUCUGGUUCCUCUGCCGGAGUGAACGCUCUGGGUUUGGUCGUCUUCUCCAUGUGCUUUGGUCUGGUCAUUGGUAAUAUGAAAGAACAGGGACACGCUCUUAAAGAGUUCUUUGACUGCUUAAACGAGGCCAUAAUGAGGCUGGUAGCCGUCAUCAUUUGGUACGCACCAGUUGGAAUCAUGUUUCUGAUUGCUGGAAAAAUAGUGGAGAUGAAGGAUCUAGCAGAAGUGGGUGGUCAGUUGGGGAUGUACACAGUAUCUGUCAUUGUGGGUCUUCUAAUCCACGGACUCUUCGUCCUGCCGCUUCUCUACUUUCUGGUUACCAGAAGGAAUCCCUACAGUUUCAUCGGCGGCCUGCUGCAGGCCCUUAUCACCGCUUUAGGGACAUCGUCUAGUUCUGCUACUCUGCCCAUCACUUUCCGAUGUCUUGAAGAAAACAACAAUGUUGAUAAACGAGUGACUCGCUUUGUCCUUCCUGUGGGCGCCACCAUCAACAUGGAUGGGACCGCGCUCUAUGAGGCUGUGGCAGCCAUCUUUAUCGCUCAAGUCAAUGACAUGGAGCUAAACUUUGGGCAGAUUCUCACCAUCAGUAUCACAGCAACGGCUGCCAGCAUCGGAGCAGCAGGCAUCCCUCAGGCUGGCCUGGUGACCAUGGUGAUCGUAUUGACAUCGGUGGGACUGCCCACAGAGGACAUUACACUGAUCAUCGCCGUGGAUUGGUUCUUAGAUCGUUUGCGCACCACCACCAACGUGCUGGGCGACUCGCUCGGUGCCGGCAUCGUGGAAUAUCUCUCCCGUGAAGAACUGCAGAAUCAAGAUGCUGACCUGCGAAACUCUGUGAUUGAGGAGAAUGAGAAGCCAUACCAGCUCAUCUGCCAGGACAAUGACACACUGAACCACCUCAAUAAUGAGACCACAAUGUGAGAAAAUUAGUUUUCAUCUGAAAGGACUUAACAAAUCAAUAACAUUUCAUCAAGAAAGUGAGGCUUAUUGAGAUAGAGGACUUUCUUAAACACCUUAAAUUGAAAUUGGUUAAAUAAACUCCAUUUUCUGCAACAAAUGAGGCAUUCUUAAAGGGAGGGAGUAUUAUGUAAAAUCAACUUUUUGAACUUUAUAGCAUGUUAUAAUGUUAUUCCCUCAUCUAAAACAUAUCCGGAGAGUUGCUUCGAUUCUUUCAUGCAUGUUUGAGGAAUCAUUCAAUCUCCUGUGGCCGUCAUUCGGGUUGCCUAAACUCUAGCUCCCACAAUGCACCAACUAUUUCCACAAAGCUCCUCCCUGGAGCAGCAGUCCCAAAGUCAAACUUCUGCCUUACAGAGCACUCCUCAGUCACAACUCCCCCACUCAGCUCCUUCAGACUAGUGGCAGCGACAAUUAGGAAUUGCCGAGCUCUGCUGAGCUCAUCAUACGAACAGCUUCCAAGCUCCAGCAUUGGUAAAGUAUUAUGUAGAAGCAUCAUUAUGAUGAUGUGCUGAGGGCGGAGUGUCAGAGAGAGCAGGAGCUUCUUAAAGAGACAGAGGGCCAGUUUCAGGGCAUCAAAUUGUAAAAUAAAAAAUUUUUUUGUUAUAUUUUAUAAAUACAGCAUCUUCAUAACAACUAAAGGUAACAUAGUUUCUUGGUUGUGGUAUAAAAUGUCACUAGGUACUUUGUAUCCUCGAACAUUAAUAUAAAAAUAAAUUUAGGCCACAUAAAGUUCAGAACCCUUCUCAUUUCCAAAGCUUUAUUUAUCCACUAUGAAAAUAUUUUGCUACAUUAAAUGUGUUGUUUUUUCCCCCAACUAGCAUUACAUCUAGCCUCCAGUGAGGCCAUUUCUUUAACAAGACCAAUAUUUAAAACAAAUAUUAUUUAUUUUGUGAAUUCCCUCUUUUGUCAUUUUCAUCUUGACUCCCUCUCUUUGGGAGUUUUACAAGGUUUUACAAGGUUUCACAAACCACCAGAAAAAGACUCAAGCUCAUCAGUCUGUAAAUAGUAAUUACUGAGGUUUUUUUCUUUAUGGGGGUAAAAAUUAUGUGAGCUUUCCUACACAGUUUAAUUAAGUCUUUGGAUGUACUUUACUGCUUGAAAGGUAAAAUCAGGAAAAAGGAUUUAAGUCUAGUAACAUGGGGUAAAUGAUUUUUCACACUUUGCUUUCUUAGAGGUGUUUAUUUGAUAUCAGAUAUUUAUUUGGUGCUAUUGCGACCCGGUAAUUUCAAAGAAUUAACUGCAACGAUGCUAAAUGCUGUUAUUUUUUAUUUUUGUCCAUCUACAACACUGUGUGACUAAGAUUGUUUUCUUCUUGUAUUUUUAUUUAGAAUUGUACCAAGUAAGCCAGUAACUUAAGAUCGAUACAUGAAAACAGAAAAAUCUGAAUUGACUGUUCCUCUUAUUGGUUUGUGAACGAGUACUGUGAAGACAUAUUGUGAGAGUUUAAAUAUAAAUUAGCUUUUAAGUGUGGUGUGACUAGUGAUUGACAAGUGCUUUUAUUUAUCGGUUACUUGAAGGCUUUUCUGACUUUGUGCAAUGUUUGUUCAGAAAUAUGGCGUAGUUCUGAUGCUUGAUGUUACCAAACAAAACUUUGUUUUAUAUGGAAGAGCAGCUACCUUUCUGCGGAGGUUGUAUGAAAAAUGUGAUGAAUAAAUGUCUCAGGAACUGAA